UUUGGUAUAUUAAUACCCUUUAAUUCAUAGCUUCCACCACCCUUUUUGUUUCCCUUCCCUUACUUUUCCUUUAAUCCCCCCCCUUUUUCAUUUUCUGGGCAUUUAAAGUGGUGUGUUGAUCCUCUGGAUUUCUUGUGCAGUUACUUAAUUAUAUUUAUAGCAUAAUAUUGCAUAAAUUCAUAAUUAUAGCUUAGGUAAUUUAUUCUUAAGGUAUACUGUUAGUUAAAACUCAUUUAAAAGUUGUUUGUUCAUUUUAUUGAGUUUAAUAAAUACCCUUUAUCAAACACCCCCCCACUUCCCUUUCCCUUAAAUCCUCCACCCCCCCUUAAUUCCAGCUUAUAAUACUUACCUGAAAAUAAAAAUAAAUAAAUAAUAAUUAAUACGUGUAAUAAUAAUAAUAGGUUAAGUUAAUUGGUGGAUUGUAGUUAUAUUGCACUGUACGUGCACUGUUUAAAAAAAAAGAGUUGGUAAAUUCAUAAUUAGGUCACACUUGCAUUUGGUAUGUUGUAUAAUUGUUGUUAUUUGGUCUUUACAAAUAUGCCACCCAAGAAAGCUCAGCAGAAAAAAGGGGUGCGUGUUGUGAAGCAGACUACAAAGCGCCCGCCAAUUCAGCAGGACAUGUCUUAUGACGAUGAUGAGGAUUUGGGGACCAUCCGUGCAUUAGUAGCUAGAGUUGAGGCGCUGGAAAAGGAACGCAGGCAGCCGCUGGACGUUGAUGCGGGUACAAGUACCGCUACAGCAGGUAAGAAAUCUGCACGGUUGGCUUCUAAAGUGCCUAAAAAUCGUACUCUUGCUGAUUUGGUUUCCAGGAUUGGUGUUCUUGAAGCUGCAGUACCCAUUGAAGAGCCCUUAGCAGCUGGGUCGCCAGCUGCUUUGCCUGCGGUUCCAGAUACCAUCUCUUCUCCUGCGGUUCCAGUCAUACCUGCUGUUGGGCCUCUUCAAGCGCCACUGCUGUUUUCGCCACCGGCGGCCACGGCUCUGCCUGCGGGAGCUUCGGGGUUUGUCGCACCCCCAGUGGUUGCCUCUCCGGCUGCUUAUGCAGGUUUGUUGAGCCUUUCAGUCCCCGUGAGGAUCGUACUGUGUGGCCACUCUAUCUUGUUUUGGGUGCACCGGCGUGCCUCUUCGUCGAUACCUGGAACACAGCUGCAGCUUUCGGCCGUAGCUACAGUUCGAUGGGAAGCCCGGAGGGGCAUGUUAUGGGAUGCGCUGUUGCCAUCAGUUUGCCGGAUUAUGUCUUCGGCGGAUCAGCCUCAUGUAUUGUUGAUUCAUUUGGGGGAAAAUGACUUGGUGCAGCGUCCAGGGAUGGACCUGCUUAUCAAGGUCACUCGAGAUCUCACGUGGCAUAUUAGUUCAUUUCCCAACCUCCUACUGGUUUGGUCGGAUAUGUUAGUUAGGAGGGUGUGGAGGGGUGCUUUUCAUCCUAAUAGGAUCGACAGAUCCAGGAAAUGGGUGAAUAGGAAAGUCAGGGCUCUGGUCUUAUCUCUUGGAGGGGCAUAUAUUCCUCAUGAUAGGAUUAGGUUCCAUGUCCCACAAUUGUUUCGGGAUGAUGGGGUCCAUCUUUCCGAACAGGGGUGUGAUUUGUUUUUAGAGGAUUUGAUGCUGGAAUUAAGGGGUUUGUUAAAUUCUUUGGGUUGAGUGGACCAAGCUUUAGCUGAUCCACUCUGUGGCAUAGAAUUCGGGCAGGUGAGGUAUUUGGGGGAUAAAUUGAGGUGUUUAAGGCAUUCUCGAAAAGGGGCACUGCUUAGGGAACCAUCAGAGCUUCAUGUCUGGGGGGGAUCUGGGUAGUGUCCUUGUGGAACCGGCUUGCGCAUCAUGGUGAAUGCUUGUACGGCGGGGCCAUGGUGUGGAGGUUGGAACCACAUAACUGGCUCUAAGAGCAAGGAGGGAGGAAUGCACCCAUGUCCUUGACUCUGGAGUUACAGACUGAGGAGAGUUGUUGCCUUUAGAAGGUGAGGGUAUAAUCCCUCAUAGUUAGGCAUAGCCUCACCUGCCCGAAGUAUUUUAAUCUGAUAAU